CGCGCGUACAUUACUCCUAAAACAGGCAGAUCAGAGUGAGCCCAUGCCCCGAAGCUUCGGCUGGAUUAUCGUUGUCGAACCGCGUACGUGUCAGUAAACACGUGCCCUUCACUGGUGGUAUCUAGCUCUCCCGGGCUCUCCCCAACUUGUAAUUCAGGAUAACCAAGAGAAAAGAACUUAAAGAAGUCGACUAUCAACCUUCUUGACAUUAUGGACAGCAGCGCAGACAUUUAUCUAGAUGUCAUGUUAGAGUUUGAAAGCUCUGCACCACAUGUGGAAGAGACAAUGUUUGAGGGGAUUGUAACUUUGGCCUUGAAGCAACUGCAUGGUGAUGUUGGGGCAGCAAUGGCGGUAGAUCUUGUGAUGUACAAUCCUGGGAAUUUGCAGGGAGUUCUUAGAGUUCAACAGAGCGAUUUGGUGAAACUGUGGAGUGCAUUGACACUGUAUGGAUAUUAUGAAAGCCAGAGAUGUGCUUUCACUGUGCGAAAGGAGUCUUCUGAUUUCAUCCCACCGAAAGAAUUCAGAAAACUAGAGGAAGCAGAGCUCAGCGGAUGUGGAUGAAUGGAAUUAUAAAAUCGAGAUGUAUGUUUGAGAAAUUGGUUUCAGACAUGACAUGGACCUGCAACAAAAAUAUGCCAUGGACAAUGGAGAUCUACUCAUUCAUGGCGUUGCAAUGUCCUUUAACGCACCUGGAUUAAUCAGGAUUGUGUUAGGGUGUAGCCAAGGCAAGUCCAAGCUAUUUUGUCCCAUAUGUAACUGACCAGUGACCACAUCUCAGAUUUUUGUGUGUCUGAUCGUUGUAUUAAAGGGACUUUGUAACAUCGUUUAGAUGAGAGAAAAUGGUGCUAAGGUAGUGACUAUAA